GCUUCCAAAGUCUCGUUGCCGCCUGAUUUCGUUGUGUCGGCACCGAGCGCAGCCGUUCAGUAGCCGAAAGAACGCGACGCUGUGCGGCAGGAAGUUGCGUACACGCCGCAUUGUCAGCGCAACACACCAACCGGAACGAGCACUCGGAGCAGUCCAGUAACCGUCCCAUUACCGUUUUGGGCGCGCGUUCGCGUCCUGUUUAAAAGCCAGCCAAGGUGCUAAGUGCGCGUAAUUAGCUCAAAUGCAAUUAAUUGAAAAGAAAUUAUAAUUGAAUAACAUUGAGGCGAUGGAUAUAGCGAUGGAGAUGCCGAAGCCCAUCCCGAAAAGUGAUUCCCGGCGGGAAAUUGUGCGACAAAUGCCAAGCAAAGCGUACAUAAAUCCAAUUAAUUUCUAAUUCAAAUCAAGGUUACACUGCACAUCGAGGAAAACCCCAUUUAACACAAGAAAAUAUUGAAUCUUGGCUAAAUAUUUGCAUACUUUAAAGUGAUUUUAAAGUAAAAGUGAAAAAGUUUCAUUGGUUUACGGAUCAGCCGACACUAAACCGCUUGAAAUUGAUAACAAAUUAAUGGAAUUAUUCACUCGAGCACCCGAGUCCUGUAAAUUGCAAAUGAAAACAUAAAAACUUUUUGCUGUAAAAACAACUUUGAACAGAGCAAAAGUGAAGAUUCCCGGAUUGGCAGUGGCUUCUGCACAUUUGUCGCCAAUGGAGAGGAGAACCUGGGGCCUCCUGCCCCACAUUUUGUGGCAGCAUUAGGCAAAUUGACAACAGCUUAAAACGCUUUGAGGCGACGGCGGCUUAAAGCACAGCCAGCAGCAGGAGGUUGGUCGGGAAAAAGCUGCUGUCAACCCCAAGGAUUCUCUCUCGCUGCCUCUGUCGCUGGCAGCUAAAACUCCCACUUGACGAGGAGCAGGCGUUGGGCGGAGAAAAGGAAAGGUGGAAAGCUGAAGCAUCCGAAUAGACGCACAAUGAGUGUCGAACUGGAGGAGGAAGAGGAGCGCAUUUGCCUCAGAAGCGCGGAGGAGGACCAACAGCAGCAACAGCAGCAGCAGCAGCUCAACAUGGAUGACGACAAGCUGGUGUCGGAUGAAGUGCAUCUGCGACAACUGAGCGCCACACCUUUGUGCGCGCUGCAACAGCGCAGACAGAGCAACACGCUGACACAUUCCGCACCGCCAGAGCUCCAGCAACGCGCCGCCGGUGGGGACAAGAAAGAGGCGGACAAGCCAGAGUCGGAGCAGAAGGAGGAUCAGGAGGACAGGGUGGUGCUGCGUCGCGCCGCCAACAAGGGCGCCAUUGCCUUGGCACAAAUUGACGACCUAAAACUGGAGGGCGAUGACGACGACGACGACGCUGGCCCGGGUCUAAGUAAUCCCGCAGCGCAAACCACAGAUGAUGAGCAGAUUACGGCCGCAGACACAGCGGCAAGUCCAGCUCCAGCAGCAGCCUCCUCCGCCUCCUCGGAGCAGGAUGCAGCAGCAACGCCCACUCCAACGACGACAACGAUAGCCACUCUAGCAGCAGCCAUGAUGGCAGCGGCGGCGGCACCGCCGGACAUGUCCAAAAUCCCACGACUGCCCGGCGACGGUGCCCAGACAAUGGAUGACAAUGGCGACCUGCCACCCUCGCUGCGUGCCUCGACCACAUCAAUUUUGUCCAAUUUGCGCAAGAAGCAGCAGGCCAUGUUGGCCGGAGGCGGCCUCAAGGGGGGCAUGGUCAAGCAGACGCCUCUGCGAGUGCAAUCGGUGAGAAUUGUGGAGGCGAAGCGUGCCUACGGCCCCAAGCGACGCACCGAAAGCUGCAGCAUCUUUGGCAACAGCAAUUUUGAUCACGAACUGGAGUCGGGCGCCUCCAUCUCGAGCAUCGCUGUUGGUGGCCCACAGCGACCGCUGAACAACGAGACUUACUCGGCCUUCAAGAGCGGCAACGUGGUCAAGGGCAUACUCUGUCCCUCGCUGACGAACUCCUUCAAGCAGAGCUCCCUGGAGCGCAGCUAUCUGACGUACACCCACCGCCAGCGGCAAAAGUCGCUGAUCAUCGUCAAUGUGGUGGACUUUGUGCUGAAGAUUGUGCUGGCCCUCGUCUGGAUGCUGCGCCGCCGGCAGCAGGGACAGGGACCCCUAGAGCACGAUGAUGCCACGAUGUACGAAUCAAUGGCCACGGCCAUUACUUGGUCCACCUGCUGUGGCAUUGCCAAUAUGGCCAUCUGCUUCCUCGGCUACUGGCGCUGCUUUGCCAACAAUUACUUGCACUGGGCCGCGGUCUGUACGUGGGUGCUCUUCAAUAUCCAGGGAUUUGUUGGCCAGGGCGUGGGCUUCGCCGAUCGCGAGUACCUGGUCUGGUACAUUCUGUUUGUCAUCUUUGUGCCGUAUGCCAUGCUGCCGCUGCCACUGAAAUGGUGCGUUGUGGGCGGCACCAUCACCGCCAGCUGCCACCUGGCCGUAAUCACCAUCAUCAAGCUGCAGCACGGCGAGGCCAGCAUCAAUGCGGACUGCGUUCUGUUUCAGAUCUUUGCCAACUUCAUUCUGUACACGGCCAUCAAUGUGGCUGGCAUGUACACCAAAUAUUUGACAGAUCGCGGACAGCGUUUGGCCUUCAUUGAGACGCACAAGGCAAUGGAGCACAAGAAGGAGUCCGAAAAGGAGUUGCAGCGCACCCAAAAGCUGCUGGACUCAAUCCUUCCAAACAUCGUGAACAACCAAAUACGCAGCGAAAUGUACAAGGGCACGGAUCCCACAGUGGAGACGCAGUUCAACAAAUUGUAUGUCUAUCCCAUGGAUAAUGUGAGCAUACUCUUUGCUGACAUUAAGGGCUUCACCGAGCUGGCCAGCAAGACCUCGGCCCAACAGUUGGUAAAAAUAUUAAACGACCUUUUUGCACGUUUCGAUCGCAUUGCCGAGGACAAUCACUGCCUGCGUGUAAAGCUGCUGGGCGAUUGUUACUACUGUGUGUCGCAGUUCGAGAGCGACAACUGGAAGACGCGGCCGGAUCAUGCUGUGUGCAGCGUGGAAACUGGCCUGCACAUGAUAAAGGCCAUUAAGGAUGUGCGCAUACACACACACGUGGACCUAAACAUGCGCAUCGGCAUCCACAGUGGCUCGGUGAUGUGCGGCGUUCUGGGUAACAAGAAAUGGCAUUUUGACGUCUGGUCUAAUGAUGUUAUCAUUGCAAAUCACAUGGAAUCCGGCGGCAUACCCGGACGCGUUCACAUCUCGGAGGCCACGCUCAAGUGCCUCAAUGACUCCUACGAGGUGGAGCCGGGCAACGGCGGCAGUCGGGACAAUCACCUGAAAAUGCUGAACGUCAAGACCUUCCUCAUCAAGCGCACAGAGCCACUGCGACCCAAGCGACGCUUUGGCACGCGGAGCAGCGCCCAUCUGGCUGGCAGCGUGGCUGCUGCCUCCACUUCGGGCACGUGUGCAGGCUCGCCCAUUCCCACGCCCACAGCGGUGCCCACGCCCACGCCCGCGCUGCCCAAGUCCAUAUCGGCCAGCGGCAGUGGCAGCAUUGGCGGCGGCACAGCCGCGAUGGGCGGCGAUGGCGCCAGCAUCGAUGGGCGCAGCUUGGAGUAUGCAGCCAGCAUUGCGGUGCCCGCACAGCAGCCCGCGCUGCUGCUGCAGCAGCAGCAGAAGAAAAACAUAUCCCUGAACUCGCUGCCCAAUGUGGUCGAGGGCGUGGCCAUGGAUAGUCGGCGGUUGAGGAAUGGCGGCGCUGGCGCGGGCACAGGUGCCAACAGUGUGGCUGGCGCACCCGCUGGCAUGUCCACGGUGUCCUCACCCACGGCCAUGAUGUCCGCAACGCUGGAGCAGCAGCUGCGGCCGCGGAAUGGCGCGAGCAUUCAGAAUCUGGCGGAGGCAAUCGAGGGCAAGGGUUUGAUUAUCGAGGAUGAGUCCACCACCGAUUGGAUACCCGAGAUUCCCUUUAAGAAUUUAAACAGUCCCGAAGAGGGUCUCAAUCGUGCUGAUUCCAUACUCGUGGAUGCCAAGCAGGAGCAUCGUGUUUCAGUUACAGUUCUCGAUGAGGAGAUCGAUGAAUUCAUAGAGCAAAACAUCCAAAUCAAUUCGAAUAAGGAAAUCCGUCGUGAGUAUUUGAAUCCCUGGACCCUGAAGUUCAAAGACAAGUGCCAGGAGCAGAAGUUCUGCCAGCUGCGCGAGGAUAUGUUUCGCUCCAACAUGCUCUGUGUGUUUGUCAUUUGGAUAUUUAUGGUGCUGUGCCAGGUCAUCAUUAUUCCGAGAUGUACGCGUCUCAUUAUUUGCCUAUCGGUGGGCACGGUUGUCCUCACCUUUUGCUGUGUGCUGGUCAUGGCCGAAGAGUUUCCAGGACUGCCACGCUGCCUGAAGGUAAACUCUGCCAAAUUGGUGCAUCAGCGGCAGCGUCGCACGCUGUUCAUUUGCGGUGUAAUCAUCUCCAUGUGCAUGCUCAGUGCCAUCGGUCUGGUGCUGUGUCCCUCCUCCACGUACAUUGGCACCGCGGACGAGCACUCGCGGCUGCUGCGACGGGCGCUGUACUCCUCGAAUGCCUCCGUGGCGGAGAAGGAGUACAAGCUGAAUGUCUAUCUGUCGGCCACCAUUCAUCACAACAUCACCAUCAGCACGCCCAGCAGCGGCGCGGCAACAGCCUCCCUGGUGGAUGCCCUCAUGAAUGAGAACAUCACGAAUGCACCCACCGAAGAGCUGAUGCGGAGCACCCUGGCGAAUGCCCUGAACCUCACACAGCCACUGGAGUCAUUCGAGCAGUCGCAUCGUCCCUACACGUUGACCAGCAACGGGCACAUUGUCUCCCUGAACAACUUCAGCUACGUGGAUCUGUAUGGGUUACCCCGAACCACGGACAUCGAGGGGGAGUGCGCACAUCCCGAGUAUCUGGUCUUCACCUGGGUGCUCUGCCUCGUCUCGCUGGCCACAGCGCUGAAGCUCUACUAUCUGGUCAAGGCGCUGAUGGCACUGGGCAUGGUUGCUUUCUACACCACGCUGAUUGUGCUCAAGUUCAGCACGGGGGAUGUCUUCAAUCUGGGGGAUCUGUCCCGGCUGGGCAUGCCGCUGGGCGUGCAAAUGCUGAUACUGCUCAUCUCAUUCCUCAUAAUGGUCUGCUAUCAUGCCCGAUUGGUGGAGGUCACCUCACGUCUGGACUUUAUAUGGAAGGAACAGGCGGAGCGUGAACUGACCAACAUGAAAUCUAAUCGUGCGCUUAAUGACACAUUAAUUAAGAACAUUUUGCCGGACCACGUGGCCGCCUACUACCUCUCCGACGAGCACACGGACGAGCUCUAUUCGAAGAUGCACAACCUGUGCGGCGUUAUGUUCGCCUCCAUACCGAACUUCCAGGACUUUUACUCCGAGGACAUUGACAAUGGCAAGGCCUGCAUACGCAUCCUGAAUGAGAUUAUCUGCGACUUUGAUGAAUUGCUGGAGGAGCCACGCUUCGCUUCUGUGGAGAAAAUCAAGACUGUGGGCGCCACAUACAUGGCUGCCGCCGGUCUCAAUCACGAGAGUCUGCGUGCUCGCGGCGAGACCUCCGAGGACAGCGUGUGCGACCUCGUGGAGUUUGCCUUUGCCAUGAAGCAGAAGCUGGAGGAGAUCAACGGCGAUGCCUUCAAUAACUUCCAGCUGCGCGUCGGCAUCUGCAGUGGGCCGCUGGUCAGCGGUGUCAUUGGAGCCCGGAAGCCCGUCUACGACAUCUGGGGCAACACCGUGAAUGUGGCCUCUCGCAUGGACUCCACGGGCGAGAACUGGCGUGUCCAGGUGUCGGCCAACACAGCGGAGCUGCUCUGCUCCAGGGGUUACACUUGUGUGAAACGCGGUGAAGUCAAUGUCAAGGGCAAGGGCAUGAUGACCACCUUCUAUGUGCAUCCCAAGGGCAUUACGGAGAGUCAACUGAUUUCCCCAGUGCGCCUGCCAGCGGGCAUACCACAGGCUCAGACACCAAAUCUUCAGCGUCAGACCUCCCAUCAUGGCUCCUUCAGUGCCGUGGUCUUUGGCAUGCUGCAGGCCAGCAAGCGUAGCACAGCCAUCGCCGGAACACCUACUGGCACACCAUCGCCGCAGAUUCGUCGCGGACAUCGCGGCAGCACUUUCAGUUCGGUUCGCCUGUCCCAAAAGUCCACGCAUGUGAAUCCCGUGCGACGUAAUACCACACGUGUACGAGGACGUUCCUAUCGCCAGAAGAAGAGUUCCUCAAACAAUUCGAUUGUGACCCAGGCGAGUUCGAGCUAUAUGCCAUCAUUUCGACGUAUCGAUCAGAUUGAAACGACCAUAUCGAAGAGUCACAACGAUGCGUUAUAGCCAACGACGCGCACUAAUUGGGUCUAAGUCGAUCUCAACCACAAAAUAACACACGAAGCAGAAACUGUCUGCCGAAUUUAUUUUUGGAACGAUUUUUAAUGCUUGAGCUCAGAUUUCUGGAUCGGUCGGCCCCACAAGCUACUUAGUAGAAAUUUUAAACAAAUCGUAGAAAAAUUUAAUUGCAAUCUUCUUGCAUUAUAUCUCAGCACAGUUCUAGUCGCUAAACAUAAGUUGGUGUCUGUUUUCUCUGUUUCAAAGUCUUAGAGCCUAAGAUCCCCCUCCCCAAACCAAAUGAUGCCAAUGAUGAACCUACUAACCCUGUUCAAGUCUAUCAAAAUAUACAAACAUAAUACCCAUUUUAGGCUAAUUUUUUGUAGCAUUAGUGAACCCAUUUAAAAUCACAUAAAUUCCAUAGAGAAGUCUAAUAUUCAAAUUGUUGUACAAAUCUCUUCACAGUUUUUUGAGCCAAGAAAUUUCAAUGUAAAUAGAUUAAGGGGCAAACCCACGUGUACGAUAAUGUUUUAUGUGUAUUUAUGUGUAAACUUCCCAUUAAAAAGUCGUAGCUUUGUAAGUGGGGUGUCCAUAAACAUAUAAAAUUGUAGAGUUAUGAUGAUCAAAGUCAGCCCACGAUAGUACGAAACAAAAUUUAUGCACCCAAUAUUGUAAUUAAAUA